AAUGUUCCACUGGUUUCCACUUCUUCGAGAAAGUUCAAGACUUGCCAACCAGGGGAGCUACAGCUGUUCAACAUUAACUAUUAAUGGAAGUCUGUUCCUCACCUUUGGGAACUAUUAUGGAGAUAUUCACAAAUACAAGACAAGCUCCGUGGUUUACAAGAUGGAUGAACCGACUGAAAAGUUCACAUUGUACCAGACCCUGCAAACUAGAGGUGCAUAUGGCGUUGAGUACUUUUCUAUCGCUGAUAAACAUUUCCUUGCUGUGGCUCAUCAUUAUGAUGAUACGUACCAACUUGACUCUGUAGUAUUCCAGUGGAAUGGACAGCGGUUUGUGGUAUUUCAGAAAUUACCAACAAAAGGAGCUGCACACUUCAAGUUCUUCACAUUAAAUAGCGAAAAAUAUCUCACAGUGGCAAACUAUAACGAUGGAAGUACCCACUCAACAAAAUCAGUCAUCUACAAAUGGAAUGGCGUCAAGUUCAACAAGUUCCAGGAGAUAGCAACUGAAGGUGCCAUGGGAUGUACGGCAUUUGAAAUAAACAAUGUCACUUACAUCGCUUUCGCCAACCUUUUCACAUCUCAACAGAAGUAUUCUGUUCAGUCCACUGUCUUCAAAUGGUCAGGAGGACACUUCGUCAAACUACAGUCUCUUCAAACUUACGGGGCAUUUGACGUGAAGUCUGUUAAUAUCAAUGGUCACACAUUCCUCGCUUUUGCCUGCUUCUACUCUGGAAGUUCCUACAACAUUGACUCGUUUAUUUAUAAAUGGGAUGGUACUAGGUUCGUUCUUUUCCAGUCCAUUCCUACUCGUGGAGCCUUUGCAUGGUGUCCAUUCGAGAUCAGCGGUUAUACCUUCUUGGGUUUGGCCAAUUACUACGACAGCAGCCAGAAAUACAACGCACAGUCAGCUGUGUACCAGGCCUUUGGAGCAAAGUUCGUCGAGUAUCAAGAGAUUUCUACUCAUGGAGCUCGGGAUAUGACAUCAUUUGAGUACAAAGGUAACACUUAUCUGGCAGUGGCAAACUACCGCAAUCAGAAGUAUAACAUAAACAGCGCUUUGUACAAGUGGGUGUAAAAAUAAAGACAAAAGACGAAAAGCGUAAUGACUAAGAGUCUUAGCUGUUUAUGCAUUGGUGUAGUGAUA